CCUCGAAGGUCGGGUUGCGUGAUGUAUUCCGGACGUUACGUGUGCGGGAGCGAGGGGUUGGAGAUGCUGCUUUCUGCUGUGCGAUGACAUUCCCGGCGUGGUUACGGUUGGCCUCGCCGCCAAUGCUGGAUCAACGUUACGUUACCACGUGCAAGAGAGGAGAAACGGCGGGGAUUCCCAUCUUCGCUGGGCCAAUUAGAAGCACUAUGUGGCGUCUCGGAUAACUCUUUCGUUUUUUGGCACUUGUGCUCGUGCAGUGGAGGGUCAGCUGUGCUUCGGUUUGUGUCCCUACUCGCUUCACUGUCAGUGCAAAAGAGUCAGGAGAAGGGCACUUCGAAAUGGUCUAGCUGCCUGAGAAAGCAAGCAGGAUGCUGAUAACACGGUUCCUCACACUGGCAAUAGCGUCCGUGGCUGCCGUCCUGGGCAACGACACCUGCCCUAGCAAGCUACCCUGGAGGAUGCAGCCACAAGACUUCACUGAGAUACCUCUUGCUUUUCAUCAUCUCCUGCAUUGCCCGCAAGAACUCAACAGUUGUGCCGACACCCUGUUCACCUGCGAUCCACCAGAAGUUGUCAAUACGACCCUACAGACAUACAUUCAGACCUGCUCUUGCGCUACAAACUGUGUCUACAACAGAGACUGCUGCUGGGAAGUUCCGUAUACAGAUGAUCCACUACCACCGGCCGCAUCGUGCAACAUGAUCAACAUCGGCCAAACGCGUAAGAAGGAGAUUUACAUGGUUAGUGAGUGUGCCGACGGCUGGACAGAGUCCACUGCACGAAGUGGCUGCGAGACUCUGGAAGAUUACCCGGAUGCAUUUUAUCGCAUCCCCGUAACGAGUGUCAGGGACGUGACGUACGCCAAUGGAUUUUGCGCGUUGUGUAACUAUGAUCUGACUACGAACGCUGUGUUCUGGAACGCCACCGAUAGUUCCAGAAUGGUUCCUACGUUGGAUCAACUCCCGGAGUGGGCGACGGAUAAGCCGCACAUUCAUCUAAGACCGUGCUCCUUCUAUGCCCUGUACGAUACUUGUCCCAACGAUACCGAUCCACGUGUGACGCGGAAGUGUCAGAAGUACUUCGCUCCAAUCACUUCCCAGGAAGACAUGAACUCUGUUGUGUAUCGGAAUGUGUACUGUGCUCUGUGCAACGGUAUUGAAAUGUCUAACUUGACUUGUGCUGAAACGAAACACGUGACCAGCUUCACCGCUGUAUUCCAGAAGGGGCACGGUAUGGGCCCCAACCUCGCAGCUAUACUCCGACCAGUCGUCAGUGGGAAGUCAUGCCUCGCUGAGCACAACGGAGUGUGCUACAUUAGAUCGGUCGACUAUUAUCAGAAAACAAACACUGAGGUUAGCGGCGCAAACAGCACGAACUCCACGGACACAAUCAACGUUUACUCUGACAGUGUCCAAGUCGCUUUCACAAUCAUCUGCAUCAGUUUGUCACUAGUCUGUCUCUUCCUCAAAGGAGUCGCCUUCGUCAUCAACGAAGACGCUCGUUCACUCUCCUACGUUUGCACCUUGUUGUUGUCCGGAACUUUGUUCGUAAGCCAACUGCUUUUCCUGCUCGUGAAUUCUUUCCCAAUGCCUCCGAUGGCUUGCAAGAUCUCAGCGAUGACUUUGCACUACGGGUUCCUCUCGACCUUCUUCUGGACUAGUGUCCUGUCAUACGAUAUAUGGGGGAGCCUUACAACUAUUGCUCAUCGCGUAAAACCGUUCAUGGCGUACAGCGUUAUAGCAUGGGGAAGCCCUUUGAUCGUCGUCUCCCUUGCUCUCGCAGUCGACACAGCGGUUCCAGGAUUAGACAUUGCGCCCCACUAUGGAGAAACCGUGUUCAACUGCUGGAUUGGAAGCCCCUGGGCGCUGCUCACAUUCUUCUUGGUACCUGCCGUCUGCUCGAUUUGCGUAAACGUAGGCUUGUACGUGGGUACCGUUAGAUAUGUGAGAGACACAGCGAAGUCCAUUGCUUCUUUCAAGAUUCAUGCUGGAAAGCGAGUGUCGUAUCAGCUCCUCUUUGUGAAGCUCGUAUUCAUCAUGGGAUUGACGUGGAUCGUCGCGUUUGUUGGAGCCUUCGUUAGUAAUGUCAUCAUUGAUGUGUUUGUAAUCCUCCUAGUUGGUCUGCAAGGUGUGUUUCUCUUCUUUGGCUUCAAGGACUACGAACAAUUCCGUAAGCUAUGCCAGUCAAAGAAAAGCCUGCCACAGAGUGCGACCACGGUUCCAGCGCAGUGUUGUCUAUGAGAUCACGUGCAGACAAGUGCUCCAUCAGUGACAUCCGAAUCAUCACGUGAAUCGUGACGCUAGAACGUACUCACUUAUUUAUUCAUGAUAUUUCUGUGCAUCUUACGUAGAAAUCCAGUGAUUCCGUGAGAUGCAGAUAGACCAGUAGGUUAAAAGGAUGAUCGAGCGACAUUAUAUGAAAUGAAGAACAAGCACAGUGACCUGUGAACAAAAUCAUGCGCUGACAAACAAGCCGCUGUGUAACUGGGAGCGUAAGACGACGAACACAACACGGUCCACAGACAGCUUAUUCAAAUAUCGUGCUAAAACUGAGAUGAAAUGGAGUUACGUUCGCCGUGGGCUGCCCGUAUAACAGUAAUGGCGGCUGUUGUAGAUUCCAACAGAGAAGGCAUAUAAGGGCACCACUAGUCCGACAGAUACUGUGUUUGUGAUUACGGAAACGAUCGACCUUCACAGACACCCAGUAGGGUACGCAAGCCCUAGGCUGCUGCAGGAACUGUCUGUGGUAUUCCCACGCACGGCAUCUUCAACGCACUAUAGCGGUGACCAUAGGCCGGUUCGUUUUGAGAGCUACAACAAUUGCCAGUGGGCCAGGUAAUAAUAAACACCCUUCGGAAAUACUCA